UUUCUUUGGUGGUGGUGGAGAAGAGUAGUAAUAUGGUGGAGGAGGUGAUUUCUUGGGUGGUGGUGGUGAGGAAUAGUAAUAUGGUGGAGGAGGAGACUUAACUGGUGGUGGUGGGGAAGUAUAGUGAUAUGGUGGCGGGGGUGAUUUCUUUGGUGGUGGCGGUGAGGAAUAAUAAUAUGGUGGAAGAGGAGACUUUACUGGUGGUGGUGGAGAACUGUAAUAGUAUGGGGGAGGAGGUGACUUAGCAGGUGGUGGUGGAGACUUAUAGUAGUAUGGUGAUGGUGGUGGUGGUGAUGGAGGAGGCGGAGACUUGUAAUAGUAAGGUGGCGGAGGUGAAGGUGAAGGAGUUGGUGGAGAUUUAUAGUAGUAUGGUGGAGGAGGUAAAGGAGAAGGUGGUGGUGGAGACUUAUAAUAGUAAGGUGGAGGUGGUGAUGGCAAGGGUGGUGGCGGAGAUUUAUAAUAAUAUGGUGGUGAAGGUGAUGGUGAAGGUGGAGGUGGCGACUUAUAAUAAUAUAGAGGUGGUGGUGAAGGUGAUGGUGGAGGAGGAGAUUUGUACACAUACGGGGGCGGGGGAGAUGGCGAAGGAGGAGGUGGUGAUUUAUACACAUAAGGCAGUGGGGGUGAAGGUGAUGGAGGUGGAGGAGACUUAUACACAUAUGGUGGCGGGGGAGAUGGCGAAGGAGGAGGUGGUGAUUUAUACACAUAUGGUGGCGGGGGAGAAGGUGAUGGAGGAGGUGGAGAUUUGUACACAUAAGGUGGUGGCAGAGAAGAAGAUGGAGGUGGUGGUGACUUGUACUCGUAUACUGGAGGUGGUGGAGAAGAAUAUAUAUAAGGAUCUGCUGACACUACAUUAGCAACCGCCAAUAUGGCCAAUGCCACUAAGAUUUGUGGCAAAUAUCGACGACCCUUGGCGGGGCCGCCACCGUGAAACUGACUCAUUUUGCCGGAAAAUUGCUGCACUAGCCUCCCAAAUAUGGCUAGUGAAAUCUCGAAAAACUUUGAAGGGGUAGAAGAAGAAAGGAAGUAGUGUUGAAAGCUGAUGCC